AUGGCACUACAAAUGCAAAACUCGAAGACAUGGAAGAUAGAUGACAACGUUCAUGCAGAUGAUCUCAAAACAGCUGAUCCUAAUGAUCCUCUCAACUGGCCACAAUGGUACAAGCACUACAUGGCAACUGUUAUCUCCAUCGCCAUGAUGAUGUGUAACUUUCUUGCCGCUGGCCCAUUUAUUGCUAUGGUGAACAUAACCAUGGACUUCUUCCCAGGAGCGCAUCCUGCAAAGAAUCCACGUCUGUUCGGCUCGUCAGUAGCCAAAGUCGCCUAUUUCUUUACUACAACUGCGCUCUUACAAGGAGUUGGUAAUUUUAUUUGGGUGCCUGUUGCGAACAAAUAUGGUCGGCGGCCGAUUUAUGUUCUCAGCUAUCUGAUCUACUUUGCAACUGCCAUCUGGCUAAGUUUCGAGCACAGUUAUGGGGGUUUCCUUGCUGGACGUAUCCUGAUGGGAUUUGGGGCUGGCGCUGCCGAGACAGUUGCGCCGAUAACGAUUGCCGACAUCUAUUUUCUUCACGAGCGUGGCACAGUCAUGGCAUUCUAUAGCUCUUUUCUUUCUGUUGGAGCUGCCGUCGGCUUGGUUAUCUCUGGGUUGAUCACGAUCCACCACCACUGGCGUGUUAUCUUCCAAGUUGCGUCAGCUCUGAUUGGGCUUGUUCAUCUCUUUGCCAUCUUCGCCUUUCCAGAGACUGCCUAUACUCGGAACAGUUCUCUUGGCGAGAGCAAGACUGACUCCUCAGCUGGAUCGGGUUCUUCCUCUGACGCCACCUCCUCCUCAGAGAAAGUCGAGAAGAACUUUGCUUUGUCAGAUCCUAAAAAAGAUGCUGAGAAGGCCACUACCUCUAGUCAUAUUCCUCCCAAAAAUACCUAUCUCCAGACCCUCAAGGUUUUCCAUGGCACUUUCACGAGCGAAAGUCUGGCCAAGCUUGUGCUACGGCCGUUGGGGCUGAUUUGCUUGCCACCCGUGCUGUGGGUGGCAUUGGUCGAAGCCGCAACGAUCGGUUUUUUGGUAGCUAUGACAUCGAAUGUCGAAGUUGCUUUCGAGAGAACUUACCAUUUUGAAUCUUACCAAGUCGGACUUUGUUUUGUCGCGGCCAUCAUUGGCUCGCUUGUUGGCAUUCCUGUAGGCGGCAAGUUUGGUGACAAGGUGGCGGACUGGUUUACCCGGCGCAAUGAGGGCAUCCGUAACCCUGAAAUGCGGCUCCCAGCCAUGAUCCCGGCCAUGAUCACCGCACCGUUGGGACUCGUCUUGUUCGUGAACUUCGCCAUCGUUCAAGGCACAAAUAUCGCCCUUGUGUAUGUGAUUGAUGCUUAUCGGCCCGUUGCCGGCGAGGUGACACUGGCUGUCAUGGGCUUCAAAUCUUUAUUUGGCUUCUUGCUGUCCUUCUACACCAAUACUUGGGUCACUCAAUCAGGAUAUCUCAACGCAUAUGGUACCAUGGGUGCCAUUUCGGCCGCUGUAUUGCUCUGUUGGAUUCCCUUGUACAUCUGGGGCAAACAGGUGCGCCACGCCACCUGGCACUGGAGGAUCGUGAGGUAUGUGGACUGGUCUGACGAUCGCGAGGUAGGAGAGUGA